CUGAACGCAGCAUCCUCUGUACUUGAGUGGAAGAACUUAAUGCGUGACUGAUAGAAAAAUGGCGGCCUGUGCGCUACGCAGAGCCUUGCUAAGCAGCGUCAGUACAUACAGCAGAAAGCACACGCACAGAAUACUGAGUUUUGCGGAAGCUUCAAGUAGGUUUGACGUUUACAAGCCCCAGCAAACAUGUCACGUCUGCGGUUUGUUCGGCAGCGGUCAGCAGAGAAGGUUCAUGUCGUCACGGAACAGGCCUGAAGGGAAGAUUUUGGAGACGGUCGGAGUAUUUGAGGCCGUGAAGCAGCAUGGGAAAUACGAAACGGGACAGCUGUUUCUCCACAGUGUGUUUGGCUACAGAGGUAUCGUGUUGUUUCCUUGGCACGCUCGCCUCUACGACCGAGACGUCACCCCUCCUAUGUCCGACAGUAAACCCGAGCCUCCAGGAACCCACGGCUCCAAGGAGGUGAAGGGGAAGACUCACACUUACUACCAAGUCCUGAUUGACACCAGAGACUGUCCUCACAUUUCUCAGAGGUCUCAGACCGAGGCGGUAACAUUUCUGGCCAACCAUGACGACAGCCGAGCGCUCUACGCCAUUCCAGGACUGGACUAUGUGAGUCAUGAAGACAUCCUACCGUAUUACUCCACGGAGCAGAUCCCGAUCCAGCACGAGCUGUUUGAGCGUUUCCUCAUGUAUAACCCCACUAAAUCGCCUCCGUUUACUGCCAGAGACACCCUGAAGGCGUGGCAGGAGAAGAACCACCCGUGGCUGGAGCUGUCAGACGUCCACAGAGAAACCACAGAGAACAUCAGAGUCACAGUCAUCCCCUUCUACAUGGGAAUGAGGGAGGCUCAGAACUCUCACGUGUACUGGUGGCGCUACUGCAUCCGUCUGGAGAACCUGGGGAACGAGGUGGUCCAGUUGAGAGAGAGACACUGGAGGAUCUUCAGCCUGUCGGGAACCCUGGAGACGGUUCGGGGGCGAGGCGUGGUCGGCAGGGAGCCAGUGUUGUCUAAAGAGCAGCCAGCCUUCCAGUAUAGCAGCCAUGUGUCCCUUCAAGCCCCCAGUGGUCACAUGUGGGGGACAUUUCGCAUAGAACGAACGGACGGCUCCCACUUUGACGUACGCAUUCCUCCUUUCUCCCUGGAGAGCAACAAAGACGACAAAGCGCCCCCUGCUGGUUACACAUUCUAACAGCUGCUUCUCCCCGAACCACGGCAGUGCCGGUUCAUCCUAUCUGGACUCGUCCCUCCUCUGUAACCCGGCAGAGCGUUCAGUUUCAGUCAAGUCAAACGAGAACGUCUGGAGAGGAAUCCAGAAUAUCAGCGUUGGUCAAAUUGAGUUUAUAUGUUCUGUUCAAAUUUCCCCAACAGUUUUUCCUUUUUAAAGCCGCGAUUAGGUUUGAAGAGAUGUUCACGCCAAAGCUAAGAGGAAACAUAAGAACUCCCAGACUGAUGGGGCUUGUCCGGACAUGCAGUGCCUAAAAUAUUGACUUUGGGUUUGUGCAAACAGGCAGAAACUCUGUUUUUGUCUUUAUUUGUGAAUUCUAUCUCCAUUUUAUCAAACUUUAGUUCCUGCUCAGAUCAUUUUCUGUUUAUGAAUUACUCCACCCUUCUGGACCUCUUUUCUGCUGCUGUGAUGUUCAUCAGACCCUCCUUAGCACAGCAGAGCCAUUCAAAGUGAGGAAAAGGGUGAUUGAUGGAAGUACAACAUCCAGCAGUGAAGCAGAGGAAGCACCACACAGGCUUGUAGAAAUUAAACAUGAUGCAGACGGGAUGGUGUUUCCUCGGCCACAACAGGGAGCUGUUGAGCUUUGAAAAUAUGACAAAAGUAGCACAAUAAUACGGUGAAUUAAUGCAUGUGUGUGAGAUUAAGCUCCAGCCAACAUCCUUCCUGAUCCCACAGGAUCCAGACUUCAUCCUGGCUUGUUUUGGACUGGUGUUGGAUGUCUGUGGCUUACUGUGUGACUGUGCUAAGACUGUGUCUAACGCUUCUCCAGCAAAAUACAGGAGUUCAUAAUUCAGCUGGAGCAUUUAAGAUUGUUGAAAAACUGUAAAUAAAGAUGUAAUUAAAAGUAGAACAAAUAAAUAUGUCUUUUAACAA